GUCCGUGUGCCGUCCGUCAGUCACUACGCGACCAGCGGCCGAGGCAGAUUCACAAUCUGCAACGAUCGCUCGCAACUCCCUAUUUAGCACAAUAAACGCUCUCGCAAACAGGCCCGCACCACCACCGAGCGUGCGCAUCGCGGUGACGACGUUGUUUAACAACGGAAAUCCCGCGCGGCAAAACCUGUUCGCGGCUAUCGUUCGUGGUCGUGGUCGGGUGUGUGUGGCACACCGUGUAGUGUGGGCAGAGUGUAAGGUCGCUGUAAGGAAAUCAGCACCUCGCAUCAACACUCUCGGCUUUAGCGCCACUACCAACAGUCAGUCAGUUCGUCACGAUGAGUGUAACAAGUUUGGUGGAUGGUGAAUUUUUGCUCCGGCCAAGUAACCGGGCAUGCUGGAUUUUUCUCAUUUUUGCCUCCUCGCUAUGUCUGACAACGGCGCAAACUGUACAACAAUUUGCAUAUAAUACGGAUUUCUUCUUUCGAAAUCCCUCGGAAAUCUAUCCUCAACCGGUGUACGUACCGAAAUCUCAACAGGAGACAAUAAAAACAUACGAAAAAAUACAAUUUGAAGACUCCUCUCUGCGGUUUCCGGCGCCGAAGCAGAAUGAGCAACAGCAACCUCAGCCUCAACCGCCAAAAACGCCCGGAGCGAUGCAGUUCGCCUGGAACAUGAUGAAGAUGAUGGUAUUACCCCGACAGGACAACACAGUCAUCUGUCCAAUACUGCCACAAACCCUUCUGGCGACCCUGCACGAUGGGGCCGAUCGUGCUGCUCAAGCCGAGCUAAGCUCCUCAUUACUUGCCACCUCGCAGGAACUAGGACAGAUCGUGCGCAGUCAAGAGCUCGCCAUUCGAGGGUCGAGUGUAAACAGGCUCGAUCAGGCGAUGGCCGUCUUUCUCGGAACGGAUACGAAAAUCAGCAAACCCAUCCAGGAUAAAGCACUCCAGAAUGGGGUAGAGUUUGUGCCGGUGAAUUUCCUCAAUCGCAACACCGCUGCCGCUACUGCCAAUGAUUGGGUGGCGCGAAAAUCGCAAGGCCUUAUCCGUGAAAUCGUUGCACCCACUGCUCUCGACGCCUCAACACGUCUACUUAUGGCGAGCGUGAUCUAUUUCAAGGGCAAAUGGAAGUUUCAGUUCACCAAAACGGAACCGGGACUAUUCGAGACGGCGCCCAGCGCUGACUCUAGAUCUCCGGUCGCUCAGCUGGGACCGAUGAUGUACCAGUUCAACAGGUUCCGGUAUGGAGAGAUAGAUUUCACGAAUGGUCAUGGUAUGCGGUGGGUAGAGCUGCCGUACGAAAGUUCCUCCCUGUCGAUGGUUCUUAUGCUACCGAAGAUGCGACACCAGCUGCAGCAAUCAGCUCAGCAGCUUAGCGUUGCUGAUGUAACUGAAAUUAUUACGAGUUUGAAUCAGAAUCGUGGCACCAAUAAGAUGCACCUGACCGUGCCAAAGUUCAACGUAUUCAGCUCGCUGUCGCUGGUGCCCGCGCUCAAGCAUCUUGGUCUAAGGUCGAUCUUUGAUCGUGCUUCAGCGCUUCAGAACCUGGCAAACGAACCACUGGUCGUGCGCGAUGUCUCCCAACGGACGUUCAUCUCGGUUGACGAGCAGGGUACUACUGCGGUCUCGGCCGCUUCGCUUGCAUUCGUGGCACUCAGUGCCGCCCCACCACCACCGAUCAUUAACUUUACCGUGAACGAACCGUUCCUUAUGAUGAUUGUGGACAAGAUACACGAGUAUCCGCUGUUUGUAGGAAAGAUAGUGAACCCGACUUUGAACUAAGUUCGAGAUAUUCCAGCCGGUUUUUCGUACGUGGCAUGAAACGUACAUACCUCUUAUAAUGUUAAGUUCCCUUUAGCAAGUAGGUCCGAGUAAAUAAAAUGACUUAAAAAUGA